AUGCUUACAUGUAUGCAUCAUUCAGGUAACGACGAGUCUGCCCCUCAUUAUUAUGCUGGAAAAUUGAGUAAAACAGCGUCAGGUAAAACAUGUCAGCGCUGGGACUCAGACUAUCCACAUAAGAGAGACGACACUAUUAAGGAAACCCAGUUCCCGGAUGAGACACUCGCAGAUGCGUCAAACUAUUGUCGUGAUCCGUUUCGCGAGAGUAUUCUUUGGUGUCGCACAACGGAUCCUGAAACAAAUAUUGAAAAUUGUCUCUUUUUCGAAACUGCAUCAGACAGGUGUUUCUCAACCCUUUCCUCGUACGAAGGAAAACAUAAUGAAACAUACACCGGCAAGUCUUGUCAAUAUUGGAACGAUACAACACCUCACGAUCACGACAAGUUUUCCGAUUCACAGUUUCCAGAUAGAAAUGUUGAGGAAGCACAAAACUUUUGCCGUGAUCCACACUCUGAAGGGUACCUGUGGUGUUUUACAACUGAUCCAGGGACACGUCAUGAGCCUUGUUUGUUUGAUUAUAAAUACCAGCUUAAAGAUACAGGCAAUGCCAUUAAUUUGCAUGGAACACCAUUUGUUUGUGAUAACGGAAUCCUUAUACCAUACGAACAUGAAUGUAACGGAAAAGUUGAUUGUGCGGAUGUUUCGGACGAGAAUAAUUGCACAAGAGAGCAAAAAUUGUUAACAACUAUGAUUAUACCUAAGGAAGAUCCUUUAAUGUCAAGUGAAAUAUUGUUCCAUUGUGAAAGUCUUGAAUGGGUUUUGAUUAUUGCAAGAUGUGACGGUGUAAUAGAUUGUAUGGAUGCCUCUGAUGAGAAGAACUGUGCAAUCAACAAUUGCAGACAAUAUCCAGUAACGUAUGUUUAA